GACGGUUCUUCAUGACGUCAUUCAUUGGGACAACAUCCCCGUGGCAGGGAUGUAAAUUUAGCUUGAACGAAACGUUGAUUAUUCAAUAAUUCAAAUAGUUUUAUUACAAGGAAAAUAAAAAUAAUGUUGUAAUAUGAGAAAUUAAUGUAUUGUGAUUAUUCGUGUCAAAGAAAUAACGUUUCAGAGAAUGUAAAACAUCUCGUGUAAAUACGCAACAAGCGUCAAUGUACGAGAUACGCAUCGAUUUCGCCGGGAAAAUAUGAGUAAUAAAAAUAAAGAUUUGGUGAAUAUAAACCUCAUAAAUAGUAGUGGAUCUCAAAUGCAAUAUCAAACAUUUUUUGGAAUAGAUGUACGACGAAAAGCAAAGGACAUGGCACACCUGUAGAUAAGAAAUGCUGGACUAGUGGAAAUUGAAGAGUAGAAAAUAAAUAAAGAGAAAGCAGUAGAAGAUAGAAAAAGAAUUAAUAUACGUAGUGACUAUACCAUGCAUAUAAGGAUAUCCAGUCACUCUCAGCAGCAUAUACUUGCAAGUGCAAUAUUUCUUGCUAUGAUAGUGGUCAUCAGCAUCCAUGUCUUCCUGUUUCCUAUGUACACAUAUAAUCCACCAGCUCAUCAUAUAAAGAUUUCAUCAUAUGAACAAGCUCUUUGUCAUACUUCUUCAAAGAAUAUCAAUAUACCACCAAAAUGGGAAUAUCCUUGUCCCAAAUAUGGAAUAGUUUCUGCAAUUCAAGGUGGUAGACUUGGAAAUCAAAUUUGGGAAUAUGCAUCAGUAUGGGCUACUGCAAGAAGGACUGGUUUGGAACCAUUUAUGCCACAUUGCAUAUUGAAAACUCUUGAGGAAUAUUUUGAAAAUCUUAGUAUUCCUCCACUUAAUUACAUUGGAAAGUGUAAUUUGGAUGUUAAUCAAAUUGUUAAUUCUCUUGGACAAUGGAACAGUACAGAACAGAAUAUUAUUAUACCGAGACAUGCAGCUUAUUGGUCUUUAAUUUUGGUGUGGUUGGAUGAUGUAAGAAGAGAAUUUACAUUUAAGCCAAAUUUAAGAAUUUAUGCAGAAAAAGUACUAAAAGAAAUAGCAGAGGAAUUUAAUUUAUUUGAACCAACAUUUGUAAGCAUACACAUUCGAAGAACAGAUUAUGUGGAUUAUCUAUGGCAAAAAUUAAAAAUCAGACCUGCGCCAGUCAGCUAUUAUUAUGCAGCAAUGGAUUACUUUAUUGGCAAGUAUGAUAAUGUAGUUUUUGUAGUAACUAGUGAUAAUAUAGUUUGGUGCAAGUAUCAUUUGAAUAGUAAAAGAUAUAGAAUAAAAUUUGUAUCUGAUGUGGAUGCAAGAGGUCCAGGUAAAGAUCUUGCAGUUUUAUCAGCAUGUAAUCAUAGUAUUAUAGAUUAUGGUACAUAUGGUUCGUUUGGCGCAAUUUUAGCUGCUGGUGAAACUAUUGUGUAUAAUGUAACAACAUAUUUUUCUACAUUAAUUGCCGAAGUUUUGCCAAACUGGAAAAUAAUGAGUUGAAUUAAAAUCAAAAAAUAUUUCAUAGAUCUCAAAUUAAAACUAAUGCAUGUACAAACACUUUAUUAAAAAUACUUUUUAUACAGAGUUUAACGAUCAUUUCGUUCGAUUUAACGCGAAGAUCAUAUUCUCUAUAUUUCUUUCAGAAUUAAAAU